UUGAAAAGGGAUAAGAGGAAGGAGAAAAUGCUGGGCUGGUGUGAAGCGAUAGCGCGUAACCCUCGCAGGAUCCCUAACAACACGCGGACCCCCGAGGGCUCAGAGGAAUGGGCUGACGCCUCGCAAACCUCCACACUGAACGACAAAUCCCCAGGGCGAUCUGCAAGUCGAUCAAGUAAUAUUUCAAAAGCGAGCAGCCCGACCACAGGAACCGCUCCCAGGAGCCAGUCAAGGUUGUCUGUCUGUCCAUCCACUCAGGACAUCUGCAGAUCUGCCAUCUUACAUGACAUGUCAGAAGCCUCAUUUGAGCAAAGCACCCCUGUCGUGGUGCUGAGCCCUGCUAGGAAGGAGUCUGGUAAGAAGUCAGUAAAACAGAGGCCUAGGAGGAAGAGGAGGGCUGCUCUGAGGUAUGAGCACACAGAAGAACAAGUGAAAGGGAGAAGAAAGGAUUUUCACCUCCAAAUCCCCAGCCACCGAUGGAGUGAGACUGACACAGAUUCUUCAGAUUCAUCGUCCACCGAUGAGAGUCACUGGAUUCAGGCAAAACGAAGAGCCCAAGUGAAGUUCCGCCUGUCUCGGAGAAGGAGAAAUAAGAAACCAAGUGGAAGCUUGGAUGAGUCUUCCGCUCCUAAUGAAAUCCAUCCAGUACAUUUAGGAUCCAAAGAUAAAAAGCGCCCGGAGCUGACCGAGUGUGAGAGCUACUCUUUAAAUCUCCACAGAGGAAAAGGCACAACAUACCAAGGAUGCAGUGUUUCCCUGCCAAGACGGUCCUCUGACAUUAAGAGACCGUCAAGGAAGGGUGAGGAAAGCAGAGGCAGGUACCACCACAGGGAUCCUCGGCUCUUGCACAGUCCUGGGCAAAAUGAAACAAUCAAGAGAAUGUUUUCAGAGACAGAUUCCAGCACUGACAUGCUGGCAGUCAAAGAAGGUGGCAAGCCUGUGGAGGAUGCAGGAUUCCUUCAGAAGCCUCCUGCCACCUACCAUGAUGGGUCUGAUCAUUUAAAAGCAUGCAGGAUCUGUCACUGCGAAGGGGAUGAGGGGAGUCCGCUCAUCACGCCCUGCCGCUGCACGGGCACCCUGCGCUUCGUGCACCAGGCCUGCCUCCACCAGUGGAUCAAAAGCUCCGACACGCGCUGCUGUGAGCUGUGCAAGUACGACUUCAUCAUGGAGACCAAGCUCAAGCCCCUCCGCAAGUGGGAGAAACUGCAGAUGACCAGGAGUGAGAGGAGGAAGAUAUUCUGCUCUGUCACCUUCCACGUCAUUGCCAUCACCUGCGUGGUCUGGUCUUUGUACGUGUUGAUUGAUCGGACAGCAGAGGAAAUCAAGCAAGGCAAUGAUAAUGGUGUCCUUGAAUGGCCAUUUUGGACAAAACUGGUUGUGGUGGCCAUCGGCUUCACGGGAGGUUUGGUCUUCAUGUACGUACAGUGCAAGGUCUACGUUCAGCUGUGGCGCAGGCUGAAGGCCUACAACCGCGUGAUCUUUGUGCAGAACUGCCCCGACACGGCCAAGAGGCUGGAGAAGAACUGCUCCUGCACGGUGAACACGGAUGCCAAGGACGCCGGGGCAGUGCCUGCCUUACAAACGGGGACCAACGCACUGCCACCUUCAGAGGGCGGCCCCCCCGAAGUCAUACCUGUGUGAUGGGGCCAGCCGGGAGCGUGUCACUGGAGUAUCGCCUGGCCCUCAGCCACUACAAGUGACAGAAGUGAUCCUGAGUUAGUCACCCUCAUUAUCUUCUCUCCUCUUUCUGACUCAUUUGUCCUUUCUUUGCUCAAAAAGAAAGGAGAAGAAACACCAAAUUGAUCAGGAUCCCAUGAAGCAGUCUCAAGUGUGAAGAGAAAAUGUGAAAAGUUGGCUGGAGAAUGAUUUGUGAGACAAGGACCGCUGGAGCAAGGGAUGCUUUCAGGCAAUGAGGAGAGACUAACUGGACAGACCCAUGAGUCUUCACAGUAACAGGGCAAGGUCAAGAAUAUGGACUUGAAUUGCAAGGUCAAGAAUAUGGACUUGAAUUGCAACGUGUCUUUCUUGUAGGGCCUUGUAAUGUUAACUCUCUCAUCUGGAAAUGACAAACACAUUUGGUUUUAAGCUUGAAUUAUCUGCAUUAUCCCUAAGGCACAUCAGAAGCAAACUCAGAAGAUGCAUAUUUUGAUAUUCAUACUUUGACAGCUAACAGGUUUUAUGGCUAUAGUGGAGUCCCGUUGUUUUGACAGAUGCAUGUUUUUAAAAUAGAUGCAAUAUACAUUUCAAGAUAUUAAUACUUGGAAGUAUGUUUAAAUCAUGAUUUUCAGAGAUUUUGGGGUUUAAUUAGCUCUGUUAUACCCACAGAAGCCUUGUAUACUCCACCUGGACCCUCUAAAACAGUGUUGUCCAACAGAAAUAUAGCCACAAAUGAAGGCCACAUAUGCAAAUUUAAAUUUUCUAGUAGCCCCAUUAGAAAAAGUAAAAAUAGGUGAAAUGAAUUUAUUUAACACUAUAUACCCAAGUUAUCAUUUCAAUGUCAUCAAUAUAAAAAAAGUAUUGAGUUAUUUUACAGCUCUUUUUAUGAACCAAGUCUUCAAAACCCAGUAUGUUUACAGCAUAGCUCAAUUUGAAUUAAACUUAUUGGCUAGUGCAGCCCUAAAAUUAAUUAGAGACAAAGCCUCUGCUUCAUUUAACAAUUGAAUCUUUCAAAACAGCAGCUUAAUUCACUCUUUUAUUCAAAGUAUCACAAAUACUAUUUUACAAAGAACUAAAUUAAUCAAAUUGAGUUAGGUGAAGUUACCAUUUCUCUAAAGGGUGAAAAAACAAAACUACAAAGCAAUCUGCCUGUGGUAAGUUCUGAAAUUAACUUAUUUGCUACUGUGAAGCACUUAUAAUAGGGAAAAUAAUUUAAUACCUUUGUUGAGUCAAACGUACCUUUUUUUUUAAUGAGGCGUCAACUUGACAGAUGAGUAGUUAGGACCAAGCAUUAGACUGUAUUUGACAGUAUUUCCCUUGCUCAGCGGGGAGGCAAAAAUAUUCAACAGAUUCUAUGCUAAGUAAUAAAUUGAAUUGUUUAGGUUUGACAGUUCAGUUGAUUAUUGUAUUCUUUGCAUAUUCAUGUAAAACUGAAAUGUGAAUGACAUAGCAGUGAGCUAGAUUAAUGAUUAUAAAUAUAGUGUGGCCUGUCAAAGAGAGAUGUCUUACAUAAAAUGAGGUGAUUUAUUUUUGCUAGCUGUCGUAUUUAUUAUUGUGAAAAGGCAACCGUGAUGGCCAUAGAACCAAAGCAUGGGUAUCGUAUUGCACAAAUCUGGGUAUCACAUUGAUGCACUUUGUAAUUGUCAGUGGGCUUUUUCAAAACUCACACGUUACCAUAGGGAAAGAAAAGAGAAAUAACCUUUUACUGAAGAGAAGUUUGAUUCGAUAUGAGUAGUGGCUGACACUGAGUCCAAAUAGUCCCAGUUCCUAGAAAUAAAGCAAAGGUCAACAGUAUCAACUUUGUGUGUGUGUGGCAUGUGUUUGUUCCUGUAUAUACAUGAGAAAAACGUCAAGGUAUUCAGUCAGGCAGGAAACAAAAGGUUUAAAACCCAUCUUUCUUAAAACUUGCUGUAGGAGCACGGAAUGAAGGCACAGGAAAAACUAAGUUGAGGCAACUAAACUAGACCAAAAUUUCUGCACAAAUAAAGACAUAGUGGUGUAAUUAAAAAUAUAUGAAGCUUAAACAACCUGGACUUUGUAUUAACUCCUUAAAUUUCCAUUUUCAAGGUUUAAGAUAAAUACACUCAUGGAUAAUGAAGCUUUAGGGGAUUUAACCAUGGCACCUCACCCAAGGGAUUAAAUGUGAUUCAUUCUUUUCUGAUAAUUUUCCUAAGCAUUUUACUAAUCCAUUUCUCCUGAGGUUUAGCAAUGGCAACCGUUGUUUACAAUAUUCCUGAGGGAACAAAAUCUAGCCACCAGCAAACAAAGAAAUGUUGAUUUCUCUUGUGUUUGCUCUGUAAGGAAAAGGAUUAUUUACCUGAAUUAUACCAUAAAUACCAUUUAAAUUCUGUCCAAACUUUAGCAAUACAGGUAAGUGCAUAAUUUCACAGUGGAAGACGAUUGGCUUAAUAAAUAAUUUAUUAACGGGCAUACCGAACACUAAGAAAUUCUAGAAUGAAAAGUAAGGAUAAGCAUUACUGUAUUAAUGAUAAAAAAUGACAUGGUGUUUUAAAACCAUACGUAAAUUCUCAAAAUGAACUUGAAUAGGCUUUGACUUUCUUGAAAUGAGAAAAUAAUAUACCUCCCUAACACAUUAAAAGUCAAAAUUAUUCUGCUAUUCUUUUUAAACACUGAACUCCUGAAUUUAAAUCUUUAAAAGUUUUCCUGUAAUGGCUGUUGGUAGUUCAAACAAUCUGAAGUAACUAUGUGCAUUUAAAACCUAGUGUUAUUUUCUUUUAUGUUCUGUGUAGCAGUGGUACACUUGUCCUUUCGAUGACCGGGUUUGGCUUUGUGACAACACUUUUGUGGACUGGAUAUACCCUUCAAAAAGAAAAACUGCUCUCCGGAAUGGCAAUUUUUUGAAGCAUGCUCACCUGCUUAUGUAAGAAAUAAAAUGGAAUUGAAACAAAGAAUGAAAUUGAAGAAUAAACUUACAGUUCUGCUAAAACCUUGGCUUUUUAUCAUCAUGAAUCUGUGGUAUUAUCAAUACCAGAAAACAUACAUUUAUGCUGUUGAUUUUUUAAAGAACUGUCACUCUAAUUGUGUAAAAUCGAAGAUUAAAUUGUAAAGAAAUGAAAUCCAGUAUUUUUUUUUAAAGUGAAGCCCAAAGGGCAAUUAAACUUAAGUACAAACAAAAUGUAAACAAACAAAACAAAAAUGUUCCCAUUGACUUGGGAUAUAAAGCAAUGGAGAAAUAAAAGGAAGACAGGUAUAUAUAUACUCUGGAGUCUUUCAAAAUGCCCUUGGAUUAAAUCUCACUCCGAGCUUGUUACAUGUGAUUAUAGUCCCAGAGAUGGCCACAUAGUUACAUUUAUCUUGUUUUGCAAAAGGUCCCUAAAACUAUCUAUUCUCACUCCGAGCUGCUGUUACAUGUGAUUAUAGUUCCAGAGAGAUGGCCACAUAGUCACACUUACCUUGUUUUGCAAAAGGUCCCUAAAACAUCUACUUAUUUGGGCUGGAAAACUAGCUCAUUAGAACAAUGACAUCACUAAGAUACUCUAAUUGUCAUGGAGGAGAGGUGGGGAGGAAGGUUUUUGCAUCUGCCUGACACAAUUUACCUUUCCUUGCCAUGCCAAUGAAUAUUUUGGAACAAAGUAGAGCUCUUAAAACUUAUCAUUAUCAUUAUGGUAGUUGUCAUACGAUAAUUGUGUAGGACUUACACUUUAAUUAGGAAAGAUGAAAAUCAGUUUUCUUUCCUUAAGUCAGCCCAAAGGUGCUAUUUUACCUGUCAAUACAGUUGAAAGGAAGUACUGUUAUUUUGGGCUGCAGUGUUUCCUCCACAUCCGAAGAAAGCCCAUUUGAAACUGCAUUAAAACAAACAAGGAAAAAUUAUUUUAACUGUGUGCAAUUUGGGGGAUUGAGCAUUUGUACUUUUUUCGGUUUUACCUAAUUCUCUUGCAUGAACGAUUUACUGUUUUGUGAAUAAUGUGUACUAAGACAAAUUAAGGAAAAGAAAAUAAUUACCUGUGAAAAACAGACUUUGUAUAUUAAACAAGUGAUCCAAA